AUGGCGGAGCAACUACUCGUGGAAAACGAUGAGAAGCAUCUUACAAAGCCUCUGCUGGCGGUGGCUUUCCUGGCCUCGUUCGGCAGCUCCAUGCUUUAUGGCUUCAACUUGGCAGUCGUCAACUCUCCUGCACAGUACAUCAAAGACUUCUACAAUGAGACGCUGGUAGAAGAUUACAACUGGACCCCGGAUGAGAAGCAACUCACCGUCUUGUACUCCCUCACCGUUUCCAUCUUUGCUAUCGGUGGGAUGAUUGGGGCCCUGCUAGUGGGCAAACUGGUAACCAAAUAUGGAAGGAAAGGGACGCUGGUGAGAUCUACUGUGCUGGUGUUUAUAGGGGGAGCUCUUUUGGGCUUCAGCAGAAUGUGCAGGAUGCCUGCGAUGGUCAUUAUUGGACGCUUCAUCACAGGCGUACACUCAGGUAUCUCUCUCAGUGUGGUGCCGAUGUACCUCGGUGAGAUCGCCCCCAAGAACCUGCGAGGCUUCUUAGGCCUCGUUCCCAGCAUUCACAUUUGUCUUGGAGUCUUCAUCGCUCAGGUCCUGGGACUCCAUGAACUGCUGGGAAAGGAAGAGCACUGGCCUUUGCUUCUUUCCUUGGUGGUGUUUCCUACCACCAUCCAGCUGAUGCUGUUGCCAUGGUUUCCAGAGAGUCCACGGUACCUGUUGAUAGAGAAGGAAAAUAUUCACGCCACCAUUGCUGCCCUAAAGUGGUACCGUCCUAAAGGAGACAUCCAGGCGGAGGUGGAUGAGAUGCAGGAGGAACAGCGCUCUCUGUCCUCUCUCCAGACCGUCUCUGUUUGGGGCCUGCUCAUGGACCGCUCUGUUCGCUGGCAAGUCAUCACCAUUAUGGUGGUCAACAUCGGCAUGCAGCUGUCUGGCAUCGAUGCGAUCUGGUUCUACACAAAUGACAUUUUUAGCGACGCAGGAAUCCCAGAACCUUAUAUUCAGUACACAACUGUGGGGACUGGUGCCAUUGAGGUCAUCUCUGGGAUGCUGGGGUGUUUCACUAUCGAGCGUCUUGGCAGGAGACCUCUGAUGAUUGGUGGCUUCCUCUUCAUGGGUCUCUGCUGUGCUGGGAUCACAGUGACUGUCCUCUUCCAGGCGCAGGUGUCCUUCAUGCGCUACAUCAGUGUGGGCUGCGUUGUUGGGAUUAUUGCUGGCUUCUGCAUAGGUCCAGCUGGUGUGCCUUUCCUGAUCACUGCAGAGCUAUUUAAGCAGUCACACCGACCGGCUGCCUACACUGUGGCCGGAUGCCUCAACUGGUUGUCCAACUUCACCAUCGGCUUCGUCUUUCCUUUCCUAGAGAUGUCUUUAGGUCCUUACUGUUACCUGAUCUUCUGUACGAUCUGCUUGGGAGUGGCCGUCUACACAAUCUUCAUUAUUCCUGAGACCAAGAACAAAACCUUUAUGGAGAUCAGCCAGAUGUUCGCUGUCAAGAACAACAUCCUCAAAGAAGAGCUGCAUUCCAAUGGGCAUCUCAAAAUGGCUGUGAUGAACGGCUAUGGAACCCUUGGCCGCCACGACGAAAAAUAAGAAGGAUUGAGGAGGUGGACCUACAUGCAAAUGAUGUUCUCUUCUCUAGAAGACAAGAUAAAAGGUGGAACUUCUGUGGCCACGAGGAGAUCUGCUGCUUCAUGCAAAAACUACAAAGACCACGCACUUUCUAUACGCACACACAUUCCUGUUUUAAUACUUAAUCCCCAGUCAAAGUGCAGCUCCUGUACAUUAUGUGGGACAGAAGUCACACUGUCAUGCGUUUCAACGGUCAUGCGUUUCAAAUCAACCGUCAGUGACAUUUUAAUCCGUUUCCCUGCAUCUUAAGUCAUUUUUACGGGAGCCAAGUUGGUUUCUCACAGUGCUCUCAGAAGUUUUAAUCUUCGCAUUGGCUUCACUUUAUUUGAACACAUCCCAUGAUCACUUAAUUGUUCAUAGUCAGUGUUGAAUUCUGUCUUUGUUGCUCAAUAAAGACUGAUUAUGUUUAUUUAGUGACAUGGCAAUAACACCUUUGAGGCAGUGCUUCAAUCAGUGAACUAAAGGAAGGUAUGAAAGCCAUUUCUCUCAUGUUUCACUCAGUGGUUAAAAAGUCACAAGACAUAAUGUGAAUAAUACAAUAGUUACUGUUCCUGUUUGUUCACAGUGUUCAGCUCAAGGUGAAUGUCUUGACGAAGAACUUGAGCUUGUGUUUGUUUUCGUCUUUUGUUCAGUGUGUGUUUUGUGUCUAUUCUAAGAGAGCUGGAUAAUGUGGCUGCUGUAGUAUCAUUUCAUGUCUUGUCCAAAUAUGUGCACAAAUAUAUGAAGCUUGUUAAAGAGCUAUAAUUUAUCAAUAUAUCACGAAAAAGAAGUUGUAGAAGGUUGUUCAGUGAUUUCUUUUAACUGGCCUGUUUUGCUAGACCUCAUUGUGUAAAAUAUGGUGGAAAUAAAAUGAAAACUGUUAGAAACAUUAAUAUGCAGAAACAUUAAAA